CCGUAAUUGAGCGGUGGUAUCGGAAUGUGUUUUGGUUCUUAGUAUUGAGAGGGGAGGCUUAUUGAACGAAUGCGGAACUUGGUUGGUCAGUUUUAAGUCAAAAAGACGUGCAUGACAGAUAGAAUACGGGUUAUUUUACGAUAACGAAGUAUCAACAGGGGUUAUUUUUUAUCGCGGAAAGCCGAGGCAAAUGCGGGCUCAGGUUUCCAGUGUCCGCGGUGUUAGUUUUCAUUCACUGACUAUAGAUGAACAACGUUUUAGUUGGUAUAUCUAUCAGAUGUGAAUGGACCUAAUAGGAUUAGUCCCGUGGGGGAAAUAACCCCGUCUACAGGUGCUCGUAGUGAUACGUCCUUAAAGACUUAGCGGAGACUGGAUUGCCUUUCUCAUUCAUGUACACUAACGAUGGUAAUGAAAAGCAUUUCCAUAUAUAUUUGAUGUCUCUGAUGUUUUAUAUAUGAGGAAUCGAUUUAUUGUUUUAGAUCGAAGUGGGAUUUCAAAGAGUAGAAAGGAAAGCAAACAUUUGGACCAUUUGAUGAGUAAACCCGUCGGAAGUGAAAUCGAUGCUUGAGCAUUAAUUGAUGAAAGUGUUAAAAGUAUUUACUGUUCUAAUUAGAGGAGCGCUGUCCUUGAUGUGAAUUUAACUAGGAAUGUAGAUACCUAUCUUGCCUCGUCAUGUGUCGUUCACGAAUGACAGGUAGAUAUGAUAUAUGAUGGUAUCUUUUGUGUUUUGUCUGUGGGUGCUCCUGACCGUCGCCAUUGCUGUCGUUUGGUCCGUGUGUCUGUCACAGCCGUCCUGGGUCCUACACCCGGACAACCUUCACUCCUUCGGACUACAGAAGUACUGUGUCAUGGCCACUCAGGAGAACCGGGAUCUCCACGUCAACGCCAUGCACAAAACCUGUUUACCCUAUGGGAAAGAGCUACAUUUAGGUAACAUUCCGUCAGGGACCUGGAGGGCGGCGUUUCUUCUCUUCUCCAGUGGAACCUUCCUGUUUAUUGCCAGUGUGUUCAUUGGACUACUGUCACUCGUCAUUCAAGGAAAAUGGGAUAGAUAUGUUUCCACGACAACCAAAUAUGUCCAAACAACUGCAGUACUGGUAGUCAUGUCCGCUCUUCUAACAUACCCCCUAGGAUUUGGAAGUCCCUUCUUCAGGUACUACUGUGGCGCGGGGGCGGGGCCUUAUGACACGGGCCAAUGCAGUGUCGGAUGGAGCUUCAUGCUGGCAAUAAUGGGCGUGUCUCUGUCUGUAUUCUGUCCAAUUCUGUGGAGUUUUAGGUGGAUAAAGCGAGAUGACUUUAUGGACGAAAUGCUCGUGUAACAGCGAAUUGGACAUGACAUUAUAUUUCAUAUCAUUCCACUCUUAUUAUGUGUUUAACACUAUCAUUGACUGUCAAAAUACAAAAAACUAAUCUUUUGUUAUGUUCGAUAUUUCAAACAUUAAAAUAUGAUAUUUACCACAA